CCCGCAGCCGCGGUACCGCAUCCCCGUCCCUUCUGGCGCCUGGCCGUGCAGCUCGCCUGUGAGGGACUGAUUCUGAGCGGUGCAUGUGGAUGACCUUACCAUGGCUGUCACAGUAAAAGACUGCCUGGAGCUCCAGCUGCUGGAGCUGGAAAUGCUCCUUGCGAUGUUUCCCAAAAGAGGUGAAAUGAAACUGGAUGAGGAUGCUGUGCCCAGCGUGCAGCGCUACCUGAGGAAUCCCGAUGGAGCUCUGCCCCCACGGCUCGAAUAUUCAAUUGCUGUUGAUGUAGGGGAAGCAAAGGUGAGAACUUCCACAUGUGUUCAGGUAAGAGUGGAAUUGCAGGUGCUGCUGCCUCAUAGGUACCCUCACAUGGCUCCUCAGCUUUUUGCAAGAUGCAAUGCGCUGCACAGGCAGCAACAGCUGCAGCUCAACGCCGGUCUCACUUCUCACAUCAGCUCUUUGGAUUCAGGUGAACCAUGUGUCUAUGCAGCUGUGCAGUGGGUGAAAGACAACAGCCUGCCUUACCUGGCAGACAGUCAGACCUCAGUUGAAAGUGCUUCAGAAGAAGUCACUAAAGGAACGUUGCACCGCAUGUGGAUCUACAGCCAUCAUAUAUACAGGCAGGAGCUGAGGAAAAAGAUUUUCGACUCUGCAAAGAAGUUAAACCUGACUGGCUUCUGCCUGACAGGGAAGCCUGGUGUCAUAUGUGUGGAGGGACUGCAGGAAAACUGUGAAGAGUUCUGGCGUGUCAUUAGGUACCCCAACUGGAAGCAUAUUUCCUGCAAGCACGUGGAGAAUGUGGAAGCAGAGGGGAGCGUCGAUAAUCUUCGUCUCUUUCGUGCUUUCGAAGACCUGCAGUUUCAGGCACAUGGUGAUUAUGGCCUGAGGAAUGACUACCACAUGGAUCUUGGCCAGUUCCUAGAAUUCCUGAAACAACAUCAGAGUGGACAUGUUUUUCAGAUUCUCUUUGGUGUCGAAGGCAAAGUUGCAAACAAGUAAGAGAAACGGUGUGAGGAAUAGUAAUUUUGGACAGCAGGAGAUGAUGCUAACCUUGAAAUAUUGUGCCUUAGAGCUACUGUGACAAGGGAAACCUUGUGUAAUGUAGGGGGAAAAGAGAUGAAGCAAUAAACUUUGUCUCGUCUUA